CGAGUAGCUGAGGUUUUGUUCACCAUGUUGGAUCAACUCCUCGUCUUGUUGCCUUGUGACCAAUAGUUUUAUCAUGUAGCAACGGGGCGUCGUGGGCCCAAAGUGUAAUGUUUAACCGAGGGGCUUCCUCUAGCCCAGUAGACACCGGUUCUCACCGACCGAAAGGACUAACGUUACUGUUUUGAUUUAGGGACACGGACACCGAUCAGCUAGCUCCAAACUGUCAGGUUGAAUAACGUUACUACCGUCUUUUUCUAGCUGCUGGCAGCAGGAGAAUUUACCCCACAUUAAAAGGAUUUAACUUAACUUUUUCCCCGCAUUGUUAUUUCAUCUCCCUGGAUGUGUGCUUAUGAGCCGCGAGAGGACUGUGAAACAUCAACACAAGGCUGUCGAUGGGGGAAAUAAGUUUCCUGCCGGCCGUCUGCGAGGAAUUCUCUGCUCAUCGUUUGAGUCAUGGCCGAAGCUUCGUCACUCUGUCACAAUGAUGGGGAUUUCUCUGCAUGCGCGCGGCUCAUCGGAUUGGUGGAAUAAUAUGUGAGUGGAGUGGAUGGCCGAGGCCUGGGCCUGCCUGCCUGCCUGCCUGCGCUGUUGUGUUGUGGCCUGGGCAGGGAUUCACCUCCUCUGCACCGGAUCAGCAGCGUUAAUUACGGCUCGGGAUUACCCGUGUUUACAGAGUAGCAGUCUGGCCUGCGCACACACCUGAAGAAGGACUCAGUUUGGAGUAAUAGAUGCGAUUUCCAAGCCCGGUGGUGGGAAGAGCAACGGCGCUGGACCAGAGCGUGUGGCAAACUUUGACACUUGUAAAAGAUGAAUGCGCUGCUUCCCAUGUGACAUGCUUUAGAUCACACUGUUCUAUCGAGACGGGGACGCUGAAUUUCACCAUGAGGGACAUUUAGAGCCACCGACUUUUAUUUAUAGAGGGGGGUGGUCAUUGCUGUACAUGCUCAUGAUAUGAUUUCCGUUACUAGCCCCAGGCUACCGUAGCCUAAUGGUGUGCAUGCAAGAAAAUUAAUUUAGAGGAAGUGGGUCAGAUCCUUGUUGCCAUUAUGGUAAGGUGGCACAUCAGAAUAGUUUCUCUCCCCACGGAUUCGAAGUAGCUGGUGUUUUCUAUAUGUUUUCUGUAAGUUUCAUUAGUCGUGGCAGUGUAGCAGCCUGGUAGUCAUUGUCAUCGCUGUUAGAGGCAUUUCAGCAUCAUUUAAUGGCUCUUUGCGGCACCACGGCUACAAAUGUUACAAAAAUGAUGGCUGCUUACAAUGGUGGCUCCUCAGCAGUGGCUGCCCACCACCCGCAUCACCACCACCAGCUCCAGCACCUUCCGCCCCCCCACAUGCACCACCACCAUCACCACCACCACGCGGGCCAGCAUCACUUGCAGCACCCAGGCUCCGCCGCCGCCGUGCACACGGCUCAGCAGCACACCUCCACUGCUGCCGCUGCGGCGGCGGUGAUGCUCAACCCCGGCCAGCAGCAGCCCUACUUCCCCUCUCCUGCCCCCGGACAAGCCCCUGGGCCGGCGGCGGCCGCGGCUCCCGCCCAGGUUCAAGCCGCCGCUGCCGCUGCCGUCAAAGCUCACCACCACCUCCAUCAACAACAGCAACACACCCUUCACCUCCAGCAGCAGCUGGAUAUAGAGCCUGACAGGCCCAUCGGCUAUGGAGCGUUUGGGGUUGUCUGGUCAGUGACAGACCCCAGAGAUGGAAAGCGAGUCGCCCUCAAAAAAAUGCCCAAUGUCUUCCAAAACCUUGUUUCUUGCAAGAGGGUAUUUCGGGAGCUUAAGAUGCUAUGUUUCUUCAAACAUGAAAAUGUGCUCUCAGCUCUGGACAUUCUGCAACCUCCACACAUCGACUACUUUGAAGAAAUCUAUGUGGUGACUGAACUGAUGCAAAGUGACCUCCAUAAGAUCAUCGUAUCCCCACAGCCUCUGAGCUCAGACCACGCCAAAGUUUUUCUUUAUCAGAUUCUACGAGGACUUAAAUACCUUCAUUCUGCUGGCAUUCUACACCGAGACAUCAAGCCUGGCAACCUCCUGGUCAACAGCAACUGUGUGCUCAAGAUCUGUGAUUUUGGUCUUGCCCGAGUGGAGGAGUCAGACGAGUCACGGCACAUGACUCAGGAAGUUGUGACACAGUACUACCGAGCUCCUGAGAUCCUCAUGGGGAGCCGCCACUACUCCAACUCCAUUGAUAUCUGGUCUGUGGGCUGCAUCUUCGCUGAGUUGCUGGGGAGACGCAUCCUUUUCCAAGCCCAAAGUCCCAUUCAGCAGCUGGAUUUAAUCACUGACCUGUUGGGGACUCCCUCUAUUGAGGCGAUGAGGACAGCGUGUGAAGGCGCUCGUGCACACAUUCUCAGAGGACCUCACAAACAGCCAUCCCUUCCUGUUCUGUACACACUGUCUAGCCAAGCAACCCAUGAAGCUGUCCACCUCCUUUGCAGGAUGCUGGUGUUUGAUCCGUCAAAGAGGAUUUCAGCAAAGGAUGCCCUGGCUCACCCUUACCUGGACGAGGGUCGACUGCGCUACCACACGUGCAUGUGCAAAUGCUGCUACACCACAUCCUCUGGCCGUGUUUACACCAGUGACUUUGAGCCUGUCACUAAUCCCAAGUUUGAUGACGGCUUUGAGAAGAACCUGAGUUCUGUGAGACAGGUCAAAGAGAUCAUCCAUCAGUUCAUUUUGGAACAGCAAAAGGGGAGUCGAGUGCCACUCUGCAUUAACCCUCAAUCAGCUGCUUUCAAAAGCUUUAUCAGUUCCACAGUGGCUCAGCCCUCUGAAAUGCCUCCAUCUCCGCUGGUGUGGGAAUAGCUGCUGUUGUGUGUCAUCGUCUUUCCCAACUGACAAGCUGCUAAACUGGGAACAAGAAAGCGUCUCAACGUCUUCUUACAUCUGCGUAGCAUUUCACUGGACAGCAGGACUCAUAGGUCUUCUGUGUGUAUGCUUAAUAUGGAACAUACAAAGACAAAUCCACUGAUAACUGCUUUAUGGGGGUGUAUUAGAGGGGUUUGGUAUGCAAACGAAUGAGACAAAUGCUCUGUAGACCAAAUCAGAAUGUUUUAAACAAACCCAUCUGGUCACUUCCAGGUAGAUAAGAUUUGACAGUUAUUGCAUCAUAAUGAAGUACAUUUGUUUUGCUAUAUAUAUUAAUGCAAAUUAAAAAAAGAUGUGUAUUUUAAAAUUGAUCACAAACGGGUUAAUUUCCCAUACAAUCAGGCUACUCUGCAUUAUUACGCCCACCUUCACCUCUGCACUGGUAAAUUAAAACUUAUUCAGACAAUCGAUUGUAAUUGUGUUGGUAGGCUCAACGUUUUUCCAACUGAAAACUCCACAUAUUUUAUAUGAAUGUGCUCUCUAGCACAUUGAUAUUUUAACUUACUAAAAAUUAGUUAUUACAGACAUGUUCCUCUGUGUCCCCCUAUGGCCCCCUGCACAUCUGGCCCUUGUUUUUACUUAUGUAACAAUUCAUUUGCCAAAGAUCAGGAGCCUCAUGUAGAAAUGAUGCAUAAACAUUAAGAUUGUGUGCAAAUUUGCCAGGUUAGGGAUUUAUAAAAUGUUAUCGGUCUGCACAUUUUCUACAUUAUGCUGUGCAGUGAUUGGAUGACAGUUUAUUAAUUUCACGCAUGAUGUGCACGAUUACUUUUGACUAGUUGUAUGUGUACUUGAUGUCAGCACGUCGACAUGCAAGAGGCAUAUACCCACUUUAGAUCUUACCUGUCGUUUCUUUUCAACAUUUCAUAGUUUGUCGUCCAUUCAUGGUGGUAUCCUUCCAUGUAGAAUGCACAUCUAAUCAGUUCACAGUCGGCAAAGCUUCAGCUAUUACUUAUACGCCCACAGAGCAAAAUAUAAGGAAGUGAAUUAAACAAAUGAAUAGAACUAUUCAUGGUUGUUGUCACAUAAGAUGAGGGCAUACACAAAUCCACAAAUGUUUGGCAACUCAAAAAGAGGACAUGCGUACAGGAAUGUAAUUAUUGUUUAGAUAUAUGUGAAGUUUUACAUAUACUGUACAUGUAUUAGAACAAGUAAACGUAUGCAUGUAUCUGCUAUUUGCGCAUGAUUUCAGUGAAGAAUGUAUGCAAACAUUUAUACAUGAGGCUCCACAAUAUUUGUAAUUUGAGUUGAACCUGUCCCAAUAUGAAAACCUUUCUCGGUCAGUUACUGUGGAAAGGUAUCCCUUGGAAAGGCCAACAACAGCUUUAUUGCUGUUUGGAAUAUGGAGUGCUCACAGUGUUAAGUAGUUUAGCAUACUGUUGUGCUGAAUUUAAAUGGAAUCUGCUUGGGUUUUUAGAUGUAUAGUGUUUUGUUGUUGAUAAUUCGGUUUUGAAGGUGAAGGUUUAAAUGCUCACUUGCAUGUUACAUGAAGAACAAUUGAACCUGUCUGUGAAUAGGAAAUAAGUUCAAAAAAGGGAUCUGACUAAAAGCUAUCCUUAUACUACGCCCUGCUACCAAACAAGACGACACAACUCGUCUUCAGAAAGCCUACAGUCUGACGAAGGGAAAAGGAGCAGAACAGGAAAUGCUGCAAUGCUACUCUGCCCCCUCCUUUGACCAGCCAUAGCACUUCUGCUAAUAUUCAGUCCAAACUGAAUAGUUGUGUUUUGUUAUGAAGGAAUGUGUUGUGUGCAGUCUACUUGUGUGCCUCCUAAUUUCACUGCUUGGACAGUAAGUAACCAUUCACACACUCAGCCAAGCUGAGCAAACUUUACCCCAAAGAGUAUGAAGAGAAAGAUUCAUGGAAAAAAUCAAGACAGUCGAAACUGCACUGAACAGAAACAUGUUAGCUUUCCAGUGUUCUCUCUACAUACCAGUUCAAUAGAGUUGAAUGAUAAUUUCUACAGCCUAUCUGUUUUUCACAAUCUGGGUCUUAUUUUUGCAACGUGGGCCAUCCUUCCUGUUGUUUAUGAGAACAUUUUACUCAACUGUUUGAUUGUGGGGCAUCAUGUUGGCUAGUGGUCAUCACCACAUAACUGUCAUGUCUCUGCUUUGAGUUGGGCAGGGGACCUUUGUUGCAUGUUAUCACUCUUUCUCCUCUCCACGUUUCCUGUCUGGUUCUGGACUGUGACACAGCUUUACAACAACAAUCAUCACAAUCACCUCACGAGCGAUCAGGCACGUCCACACUUCAGCCAUGUUAUCUGAAACACUUAUUUGGACAUCAACUCCAAGGAAAUUGUUUCCCAAACCAUCUGUUGGGAACCAUGAGAUUACCCAUUCAGUCAUGCAGAGCUACUUCCUACGUUGACCUGUUGUGCUUACUGUAAUUGUGCACAUACAUUUCUGCUGGUUCAUGUUGGGUUUCUCUUUUCAAAUAAGUGGUUAGUCAACUGGAUUAAACUGGGGGUUUGCUUCAAACUACGGAAGAGGAUUAGGGCCACAUGUGAAAAUUGUAUUUGAAUUCUAAGAUUAAAGUCAGAAUUCUGACUUUAAUCUCAGAACUCAAAUACUCUAAUCCUCUUCUGUAUCAAACCAACUGAACAAACAAACAGACCAAUAAUAUCUUCAUCUUGACACAAUGACCAGAUAUUGGAGGAAAACAGAAUAAUUCCUCUGAUGAGGAAAUAACAGAAAACUACCAUAUUGGCUUGAGACCCGUUCGGAUAGCCAUCCCUGGGGCUACUCCAAAUGAUGAAUGGACACGGCUCUGUUGAUUUUCCAUAUAUUUUAAAGGAAGUCUCCAUUUCCAAAAGUUUUGUCAUUUUGAACAUACUGUAUCUAAUCACGUGGGAUCAAGGUCUGUUUGAAUCAAUACAGCCCGACUUUGGACCAUUGAAGUCAAUGUACAGUUUUUAACUGGUAUGUUUUGACAAACUGAGGAGUGGAUUCUCUGUUAUUUUAUGCCAGUUCUCAUCUGAAAUAUGUUCGUUUAUAAUUCUGAUGAAGUGAUUGUCUGAGUACUCAUUGUUCCAUUGGUUGUAAAGCUGAGGCUAUAGCUGUUCUCAUAAGUGAUAAGGAUGAUGGCCAACACGAUGAGAAUUUGACCCAGAUUGUAACGAAAUCCUUAAAAGUAUUAUAGAACUAAGAGUGUGGCUGUGGUAGCUUACUGCAGGCAAGAUCCAGUCUUCCCUUGGAGCCCGCCUUUGUAAAAACAGAGGUCUGUUGUGCUUGUUCUUCUUUGGACUGUGAGGACAAAUUGGGAACUGUCAUCAUGUUAUGAAAAAAUAUAUAAAAAUGAAAACAAAACGCACCAAGGUAAAGAAACAGUUAAACCAGCAAUAUCAUUCUUUAAGGGUGUACAUUCUUUGUUCUGUCUACUUGAGUAUACCACCACAUACUACUGACCAACUUUUUCAUCAUGGAUGGAAACAAGUAGCAUAUGAAUGAUGUAUGGUCUCAUCUAUAUGGGUUUUUCUAAAUGGUAAUCUAGUGCUUAAGUGUGCCCCUGCUCCUCCUCAUACAUGUACACUGUCUCCAGAAAAAAGAGCUUUGAAGUAAAUUAUUUAAUAUAUUUUUAGAAUUGUUUUUUAUUCCUGUUCUUGUGUCCUAUGGCAUGCAUUCUUCUCACACCUCAAAGUAUGAUUAUGUAAAUGUGUUAUAUAGAGAAACAAAUCUACACACCAACCACACCACCAAUACCACUGUAUAGAAAUUUUAUUAGCCUCCACAUUUCUAAGGCUGUGAACUUAAUUUUAUUUUUAAAACUUGCAUACAAAUGUAUAUAUUUCCUUGAUUUUUACCCUGCAACUAGGAUCUGUAGAGGAAAACAAAUCAUGUAACGAUUCACAGAAUACACAGUCAUGUUAACUGUAUCUUGUGUGUACAGCAGAGUUGUACAUAUAUCAAAGGAGAAGCCUUUUUUUGUUAUUGUUAAGUAUUUCAUCACAGCAGCACUGUGUGAAUAUGUAUAAACAUAAAGGAUUCACCGUGUUGGUCUCUACCUCUUGAGCUCAAUAACUUGGCUUUGUUUACCCCCACACCUUUCUGAUUUCAUAUGGGGAUUAAUUGAAAACACUUGAAUGUCUAUUCAAGCUUUUAUACUGAGAUGAUAAAAUAUACUGCCCCUCCCCCUGCAUACCUUUCCUCGCACUAUCUAAGUGCAAAGCAUUCGCCUGAAAUUUUGAGUAAUCAGAUGUUUGUAUUACAAAGUCCUACUAAUAGCCAAGGGUUCCCUGACUGUUUUUUUCACUCUCUGAUAGGACAGGACCUUAUGGGGAGGGAGAGUCACAACUUGCACCACAGUAGCUGUGUUCAAAGCUCAGUGUCAAGGACUCAAUUUGAUACCAAGUUGAUUUUUCGAGUUUCACAUAAACUAUCUUCUUUUGACUUGUUUUCUACUGAGAAUUAGACCAGUGUUUUGUUUUUUGCAGGCUGUACUAUAUAUGGGUGGGGUUCAAUAGCAUGUAAUCGAUUCAGAAUCCAGUAUUGAAUUGGAAUCCUUUCCAAUCCCUUACUGAAUUGAGUUUAGAUUUGGCUUUCAACAUUUGCAAGUAACUAAAGUUAAAACUAAAACACAAAGAUUCAAUUUAAUUUUAAUUUAAUUUAAUUUCUGUAAUCACCUUUUUUUUUUUUUUUUUUUGCUUAAAUGUGAAAUGGUUUGCCAAUAUAAAUAAGAGCACGGAGAGAUAAAAGUUCAAUAGGAGAUUCAUUAGUGGUUCCUGAUAUUUCCUAACCUAAAAGAACCGGAUCCGACAUGUAACCAGCUAUCAGAACCCAACCCUAGCCCUAUGUGCAUUUGUUUCCAUUUGUUUAUACAGUCCUGAUUGGCGGCAGGGUGGUUCUUUUCAGAUAACUGCUGUGGCUUCUGCUUGUUGGAGUAACAUUUCUUCCAAGGUUGACAAAAAUAGUGCCAACACAAAGUUUCCAUUUAAAGAGCAUAUUGUACGGUGGCUCAGAAAGCUCAAUUAGAAAACCAAACAAAAAAUAGACAAACACAAGGAAAUGAAGAAAACACCUUCACCAUUUUUACAAUGCAUAGCAGCACAAUCAGUUUGAAAACACAUGCAGCACAAAGAGACACACUGCAAAUACUAAAAACACAUGCAAAUAUAGAAACACUGUAAGUAGCACAACAGAAAUUUCCAGGUGACACUAAAAACCAACAAAUAUGUCAGCCAUUCAAUGAUGUCCGAACAGGAGUUCAACACCUAGCUGAAAAACUGCUUUUGCGCCUCCAUUAUUGUGUAUGUGGUGUGUUGUGACAGUCCUGAGCUGAUGUACACGCUGCGUUCAAAUUUGUUGAACUUUGACCUCAUUUGCACCUUGAACCCGUGAACACAGCUAAUGUCUGAAGGUUGCUGCUGUGAUUAAAGAUGGAAAAGAUAUUAGGACUGCGUCUUAAAGGACCAGUGUGUAAGUUUUAGGGGGGUCUAUUGGCAUAAUAUGGCAGAAAUGGAAUAUAAUAUUUAUAUGUAUGUAUAAGUAUGUUUCCAUCAGUGUAUAAUCACCUGAAAAUAAGAAUCGUUGUGUUUUCGUUACCCUAGAAUAAGCCCUUUAUAUCUGCAGAGGGAGCGGGUCCCCUUCCACGGAGGCCGCCAUGUUGCACCGCCAUGUUUCUACAGUAGCCCAGAACGAACAAACCAAACACUGGCUCUGGAUUCGGCCUUUCGUGUUUUUCUCGAGUUUCGUGGCGACAGUAGUUUCUCCUACACACUUGGAAGGGGAGGGUGAGGCGAGCGGUAUUCAAAUGGUUGCAAACUGCAGUUUCACCGCUUGAUGCCACUAAAGCCUACACACUGGACCUUUAAUUAAUCAGGAUCAGGUUGAGACCAAACUGAAAAUGUUUGCGUUAAGUAUAUACAAAGUCCAACGAACUGAACAGACUCCACCGCUCCCUCCUAGAAUCCUGCACAGAGCAAAGCAGAACAUGCAAGGCAAGAGCCUCAUUUUUCUGAAUACGGCAGAAGCCUUUUACUAAUUACUAGUGUUCAUUAGUUUUUAGUUGCCCCCUGAAAACGUCAUGAAAUGUAACUUAGUUACGUUAUUGUGUACGUUUUUUUUUUUUCUCCAUUUGCUUGCAUUUCUUUGCCACCUAUGGCUUGUCAAGAUAGUAAAUGUGUUUUUUAAUUUCCUUGUAUUUUAUUUAUUUGUGGUGUUUUUUUCCUAUUUGAUGUAGUCAAAAUUUUAGGGUGUUUUCCCAUAUACUUGUGUUUUCUUAAGUUUCAGUGCAUUGAGUUCUCUCAGCUACUAUGAUAUUGCCCAGAGUAUGAAAAUUACCUGAAUGUAACUCUAUGAGUACAUGGGUAGCCCUCUAACAGAAUUUGUUAUUGAUGAGGCUCAUGAUUAAAUUUCUGUCACAUGGCUAGUUUUACAUGAGAUAUUCCACUCCAACCCAUUAUGAAAAAUAACUGCACAGUGGCACUGUGUGUUGUUUAUCGGAUUAUCCCAUACCCAUUCAACAAGCACUAUUCUGGAAAAAAAGGAGAUAAUUGGAGAGACAUGCUGUGGGUGUCUUCUGGAAUCUGAAUGGGGAUUUUCUCAGGAAUUAACACAGCUAGCAGUGGUACAAGUCAUCACUCUCCCUCCCCAUUGCCUGUCUGAACUCUUUGUGUAGAUAUAGUAGUUUCCUAUAUGUUUUAUUUUGUGUUGGAAUUAAGUACUUGAAUCAAAUGAUGCUCAUUUUGGAAAAUUGUAGAGUAAUAACUGACAAACUUUGUGAGAGAGAUUAACCACAACUCAGCAACUACUGAACUAUUUGGAUUUAUAUAAUUUGCUGUCCUUAACAAUAUUUGUAUAUUUGAUGUUUUAAUCAGAUGCAUUGUAAUUUGAAUAAAACUUGCAGUAUAUACAGUACAUAGAUGUAUUUAUUAAACUCUGUGUUCAAGCACUGUAAAUCAAAGGACUAGGUAUCCAGCUGUCAUUUUGGAAAGUGUGAGGUCUAACCAAAAGGUUCCAUCUAGAAAAUAAUGGUGAAAACAUUAAACGUGACAUUUAAAGAAUGCCAAA